AUGACGAGUUUACAUGCCCGCGAUGGCAUUUCAACUGUCCAGCCACCUUUAUCACAGGCAGUUGGAUAUGUCGUCGUUGUUGUUAUCGGUGUUAUUAUUGCUCUUGUGAUGAUGCUCAUCACGAAAGUCUUGAAGAAAACUACCGGAGAGGACAACGAAAAGACCGAAAUGUUCAUGACAGCAAACCGUACUGUCCGCACAGGCCUAACCGCUUCAGCCGUGAUAUCAUCUUGGCUUUGGUCAACCGCUUUACUCGGUUCAUCGUUUGUCGGCUAUGACUAUGGCGUAGCCGGUCCAUUCUGGUUUGCAGCUGGUUGCAGUCCGAUGAUUGUAUUCUUUGCGCUAUUGGGAAUAUCCUGCAAGCGAAAAAUUCCGGAAGCGCAUACUUCGUUAGAAGUUGUUCGAAUUCGAUAUGGACAUGUUGCACAUGUUGUGUUUAUGAUACUCUGUCUGGUGAACAAUAUCUUCGCGUGCGCCAAUAUGCUUCUCGGUGCCGCUGCAGUAAUUACCGCCGUCACUGGAAUGCAUAUCAUCGCCGCCACCUUUUUGUUACCAGUUGGGGUAACCCUCUACACCUUCGUUGGCGGUAUCAAAGCAACAUUCCUCACGGAUUAUUUUCACACAGCUAUAAUCAUGCUCAUUGCAUGUUAUUUCUCCGUCAAAGCCUUCUCAACCGACCAGGUUAGCUCCGUGGGUGAUCUUUUCGAGCUCGUCCAAGCAGCAGCACAACGACACCCUGUCUCCGGCAACAAAGACGGAACAUAUCUAACAAUGACAUCCAAGAGUGCAAUCCUUUUCGGAAUCCUCCACACACUAGGAAACUUCGGCCUAGUCAUUAUGGACACAAGCUACUUCAUAAAAGCCUUCUCCGCCUCCCCAGCCGCCGUAGUCCCCGGCUACACAAUCGGCGGUAUCGCCUACUUCGCCAUCCCCUGGGGUCUAGGGACAGUGAUGAGUUCCGUCGCCUUAGGACUCGAGAACCAUCCAACCUUCCCCACAUUCCCAAGGAGGAUGACAACGACAGAAGUCAGCAACGGCCUCGUCCUCCCAUACGCAGCAAUGACCAUCGCCGGCAAAGGCGGCGCCGCAGCAGUCCUUCUAAUAACCUUCAUGGCAUGUACAUCAACCCUCUCCGCGCAGGUAAUCGCCGUCAGCUCGAUUCUCAGUUUCGAUGUAUACCGCGAGUACUUUAAGAAAGACGCUACAGAUCGGGAUCUAAUCCGCGCGAGCCAUUGCGGUGUGAUCUUUUUCGCUGUUUUCUCCGCUGCUUUUAGUACCAUGCUUCACUACGUUGGUAUUAAUCUAGGCUGGACGCUUUAUAUGUUGGGCGUGGUUACAUGUCCAGGAAUUUUCCCAAUGAUCUUCACAAUCCUCUGGCGCCGCCAAAGCAAAGCCGCCGCGAUUCUUUCCCCGGUCCUUGGUCUUGCUACCGGUCUGGCUGUGUGGCUUGGGACAGCAUCGCAUUUUAGCGGGGAAGUUUCCGUUGCGUCGACGGGUCAAGUCCUCCCUUGUUUAUAUGGAACGGUUGCUUCUUGUAUGUCGCCCAUUGUAUAUUCGGUUUUAAUUACGCUUGUCCGGCCGCAGGAUUAUGAUUGGAAUGAGUUCAAGAAGGUUAAGCUUUCUCUUGAGAAGUUGGAUGGUGAUUUGACGACUGCGCAUCGGGGUCAGGUUUCUGGAGAUGAUGGAAUUGAGGAUAGCAGGGGUGUCUUGGAUCAGAAAGAGCUGAAGCGGUGGGGUCGUAUUGCUGCUUUUUGGGCUGCAGCGACGUUUUUGGGGCAUUGGGUUAUUUGGCCGUUGCCUAUGUAUGGAUCUGGGUAUAUCUUUGGAAAGAAGUUCUAUAUCGCCUGGGUUGUCGUUGCUAUAAUCUGGCUCUGGCUCAGUAUGCUGGUUGCUAUCUUCUACCCAAUCUUUGAUGGUGGUUUAGAGCAGAUUCGUGAUGUGUAUCGAGGGCUCAGGGGUCUUAAGGUUGUCACGGAGAGUGCUCGGAGGAAAGAUAACAAAGGAGAAAGUAGUUCUCCUUCUGUUGGGUCUAUCAGCGAUGCGAGUCCUACAGGAGACUUUCAAGAGAAGAAGACUUGA